CUCCACAGAGGUAACCAAGUGAACUGCGUCAGUGCGCAUGCAGGGCAGGCUUGAAAUUCGCCUGAUCUAACGAGGCGGAUGAAAGUAGAGGCUCGCUUUGGGGAGAGAGGAAAAAGUUCUCAGCGAGGAGAGGCAGGAACACUCUGACGGAGCCCUGCAGUCUCACUUUUAUGCCUCUCAAACACUUUCCCUGCCAUCCCUUUUUGUGCCUUUUUUGCGCUUUAACGCCGCUUUGACGCUUUCCGAGAGAGAUUUCCUACUUUUUUGACUUAAAGCACCAGCACCAUGGAGCUGCUCUGCCUCGAAAUGGACACCAUCAUACGAGCUCGUCCCGAUCCAAACCUCCUGUGCGAUGACAGAGUCCUGCAGAGCUUGUUGACCAUAGAGGAGAGAUUUCUACCCCAGUAUUCUUAUUUCAAAGGAGUCCAGAAAGAUAUUCAGCCCUUUAUGAGGAGGAUGGUGGCGACUUGGAUGUUGGAGGUUUGUGAGGAGCAGAAGUGCGAGGAAGAAGUUUUUCCCUUGGCCAUGAACUACUUAGACAGAUUUUUAGCAGUGGUGCCCACCAAAAAGUGUAACCUGCAGCUGCUGGGAGCAGUCUGCAUGUUUCUUGCAUCCAAAUUGAAAGAGACUCGUCCAUUAACAGCAGAGAAGCUUUGCAUCUACACAGAUAACUCCAUCAGACCACAGGAGCUGCUGGAAUGGGAACUGGUGGUGUUGGGGAAGUUGAAGUGGAACUUGGCAGCAGUUACACCGAACGACUUCAUCGAGCACAUUGUGAGGAGGCUGCCGCUGCCCAAGGAUAAGCUGGCACUUAUACGCAAACAUGUCCAAACCUUCAUCGCCCUGUGCGCCACAGAUUUCAGAUUCGCCAUGUACCCUCCCUCCAUGAUCGCCACAGGAAGUGUGGGGGCAGCGAUCUGCGGCCUGCAGCUGGACUCAGCUGACCAGUCACAGUGGGGCGACAGCCUUACAGACCUGCUGGCCAAAAUCACAAACACAGAAGUGGAUGUUCUCAAAGAGUGCCAGGAGCAGAUCGAGCGCGUGUUGGUGAGCAGCCUUCGCGAGGGCCGGCAGCAGCAGCAGCAACAGCAGACACAGAGAGGCCCCAGCGGCAAAGGCCUGGACGAGCUGGAUCAGUCCUCCACCCCAACAGACGUCCGCGAUGUCAACUUGUGAACCACUAGAGGGCAUCAUUGCACAAGAUUUACAAAAGAUAAAAAAUCAUAAUGAAAAAAAAAACUCAAUUAGCUGAAAAGCAGAAAAAAACAACAAAAGAACAAAAAAUGUUAAAAACACAAGCCCUUUACAAGAAAAAGAACAAUGCUUGCUAGUUUUUUUGUAGAUUUUCUGUUUAAAAAAAAACACCAGGCCAUGAAUGAAAUCGAUUUUCUGAGACGGUCUCGUCUAAUAGCAUCAAAUUUGAUACAAGAAGAAGCUCUGUGGUGCCUUGGAUAUACAGAAGGGAAGCCAAUCAUAUUUGCAUUCUGCCUUUGAUUGUAUAGUAUGAUCUUUAAGUUAUAUUUUAACCAUAGCUUGAUCACGAGGCUGUUAUGGUAGGAGACGUGGAGUCCAGUCAGAAACUGCAUACAUGGAUCACAGUUAUGUUUUCUCUGUUUUGUUUGAUUUGAGUAUUAUCGCUUUUAAAUGCAUGGUCGAGGUGUUCGACCGUGGAAAAGUCCACAUUCGUGUCAAAAAUGAGACAGACAGAGGAAGCCGUGAGAUUGUUGUGCUAAAAAUCGAUGGGACCCAUUUCCAGGGAAAGUCAGAAUGAUAAUAAUUAUAAGUAGUAUUAGUAAUAACUAUUAUUAUUAAUUUUAUUAUUGGACAGAUUUUGGAAAUGAGUAGAAAAGAUCAAUAAGCUCCUUUUGUCAGGCUGCUUGUGUGUCAGUUUGUAUGCUAGUGCGUGCGUUCAUGUGUGUGUGAUUGUGUGAAUGCUGUACGUGAUCCUGUAUCUAUAAGCAGUGUGCAUUCUACGGCGUUGAGCACUUGAGAAAAGUCGAGCCGUAGACUUUUACAGAGAGGCUAAGGAGCGAGCCGAGGCUACACACUUUGUCCAUCAGUAUAAUGCGGCAUCUAUGCUAUAUCACUGCCUUCCUGCAUUAACAAAGCAUCACAGUUCAAGUCAUGUACAAGAGACAGGAAAAGACUUAGAGGAGGAGGAGGAUACUCACUCAGAGCCCUUUACCUUUAAGAGCCUGCGGUGGGACGCCUCAGACUCAAACGUGAUGCCAGGUGCGUGUUUAUUACUGCCAUUCUGUUCGUGAAAUAUUACAGAUACUUCAUUCUUUCACACUUUGUUAUGGCGUGGUGUUUCCUGAGUUGUGAAAGGCUGCUUUGAGUCUGGAUGGAGUGGUAAUGACCUCUUACAUGUGCAGUCCGUGUGGCAUGGGAGAGGAGAGGGCGAUGUCUUGAAGAAAGUUAAGCCUGGUUUAUACUUCUGCAAAACUUGAACACAAGUAGGCAGGGUGAUUUCUGUGCUAGUUAUCUGCUCUGUUUGCUUGCAUGUGCAGAGGAGACUAUCAGCACUGGAACCAAACGCAUUAUUCUGCAGCUGGUAAAUAUUUAGCAGCAAUUAAUUAGAUUGCAAUCAAUGCAAAGAAGAGGGAGAAGAGACAGAUGUGGAGAUGGAUCAUGCAGCUGAUGCAGCUUGCACUUAUUCAGCCACGUAGAAACAUGGAUGAGGAGAUGCACAUCAACAUGUGACAUUUUUGGAUUUGAUGUUACAAACUGGUCACCUUCUCAGUGUAGAGAACCCUCUAAAUAAUGAUGCCAGAGAAUGGGGAUGGCAUACUGUUGCCCAUUGCCAUGCAUGCUCUCUAACAGGCCUUUCUCAGCACUUGCAGAAAUACAACGGAUGCAACAGACUGAUAGUUUUACUCUAUAUAGUUAUUUAUUGUUAUAAAGUCUGUGUGCAUCUUGAAAGAGCAGCAGACACCUACAUUACUGCUGCCAAACUUACAUAUGAAUUGGUUUUAUGUGAAAUUCAACUCAUUUUAUCUAUAUUUCCUUGAAGCAAUAGGCUGAAUAUAUCAUUUUAAAUAAUUUGAAGUGGGUUUUUUAAUCUCUUGGAGAGCAUCUCUUGACCUCCAAUCUGGAGUUUUGUGACCCUCUUGGGCGCCCCGGCUUCCACAUCAAGAUCCAGUGCUUGAGAGCUUUGGUUCUCUUCUAGUUGUUCAGGCCCCAACGGUGGGUCGCAAAGCCGUUUUUAGUAAGUCACUGAUUUGUGGCUGGAAAAAAUAUGAUAGCAAAAAGCUUAUGAUGCUUUUAUUUUGAAGGGCAUGCUCCUAUGUUAUGCUUCCAUCAAUUAAAAACAAUUAGUUAUGCUAAAAAAAAUGUAAGAAAUUAGGGUUGCAAAUAGGCAGUAGUGGGCCCUGACGCUAGAGCAGUUAAGAACUAGAGCAGGCUUUUACGAGAAGCUGCACACAGCUGUGCACAUGCAGACUUAUGAGGGUUUUUUAAAACUUUGGUUUUAGCAUAAAUCUCACCUGAUGGCAAUGCUUUUAUUCUCAAUUGAACUAAUUUUACACAUAUUAUUUUACAACGCAAGGUAAAACACAUCAUUUUAAAAUGAUUUUAACAUGAUUUUUUGUUUUUUGGAAGGCAUCUCUGGACCCCUACCUGUGCUCAAGCUUGGGGUCGGGACCCCCUUGGGGGUCAUGAGACACUGAGACGGGGUCUCCAGAAUCCCUGAAAAAACUACGAAUAUUUUUAAAAUUACACUUUUUUACUUUACACCAAUUUUGCCAAAUUUUAAACCCUUUUAACGUUUUACCCUCCAAUUUUAACACAUUUGUACCAUUUAACACCUAUUUUUGUCCAUUUUAAGCCCUUUCCACCACUUUUUUUCUGCCUGUUUUUGCCACUUCUAAACCAAUUCUUGCCGGUUAAGCCUAAUGUUGCUUCUGUUGGCCCAUAAUUGCCACUGUUAACCCCUUUUUGCCAAUUUCUACACCUUCUAUAUUUGUCCCAUUUUAACCACAUUUCACUAUCUAAUAUGCCCAUUUUUACCAGUUUAACCAAUUUCUGCCAAUAUCUAUAU